GUGGAGUUUUUUUUUCGCGCUGAGUUUCGCCAGAGGGCGCUGUGGUGCUUUAUUUCAAACACAUGGCACUUCAUGGACUCUUAAUGGGUUUGCACUGGAAAUGGAAUAUGACCACUAACACAUCAACCAAGAAAUAUACAGUAAGAAAAGACGAUCCGCAGCAGUGAUAUAAUUAAUGCGACAUCGUGGAAGUAAUGCAGUUUAGAACUAGUUAGUAAUGGAUGGAUGUAAAAACAGCCUCAAGGAUUCAAAUUUGUAGUAAAAAGUAGAUUUUCUCCUGCAAACUUUAAAAAGGCAAGCAAAAAAAAAAAAAAAGAAAAAUCUCAGGGGAGUGAAGAUGGAGGUCUCGCUGUAUAGUAUAAAGGGGAGUCUUAAUGACCGGGCUUCCAUGGUCUCGGGGGGUUUUACUCUACUCAGGGGGGCGGUGCACUUCUCCAGACCCCUCCCGCCCCCAAAAGCCGCUCCACAAACAGUGACCGGCAGGCAGACUGCUAGUCAGGCGCUUCUUCCACAUCCAGCAGCCACAGCUGCAUCCCAUGCCCGCAGCCUCUCCGGGAUAGAGCGCCAUCGAUCAAGCAGCGUCCGUGCGUCCAUCAGGCUGGAGGUCCGCAGCGGUCGGCCGAACAUGCUGGAAAACGGGAGGAAGGUGUACAAGGAGGGUUUGCUGGAGAAGCGGAGCGACGGGCUGCUGCAGCUUUGGAAGAAGAAGCACUGCGUCCUGACCGAGGACGGCGUGCUGCUGCUGCCGCCCAAGCAGCACGAUCACCCGCAGCAGCAGCAGCAGCAGCACGGCGGGGACACGGGCAAAGUCAAGGAGCUUCACUUCGCCAACAUGAAGACGGUGGACUGCGUGGAGCGGAAAGGCAAGUACGUCUACUUCACCGUUGUCAUGACGGAGGGGAAGGAGAUCGACUUCAGGUGCCCGCAGGACGAGGGCUGGAACGCGGAGAUCACCUUGCAGAUGGUCCAGUACAAGAACCGGCAGGCGAUCCUGGCCGUCAAGUCCACCCGGCAGAAGCAGCAGCUGCUCGUCGUGCAGAUGCCCGGGCAGAAGACCGUCCGGAGCUCCCCGAGCGUGGCGUGACCCGCGGGGAGCCCCGCAAACACCGGCGCGCCUUCAGCGGUGAAUUUGACACUCAGCCGAGGAAGACAAUGAACCCAGGCUUCAUCUGCCCCUGCUGCUGCUUCACCAAGCUCCAUUCUCCAGGAGAACUGAACACCCCACACCCCAAUUCAUGAUGUGGUCUCCACACACCAGCCCUCACUCCUCUUUUCAGUACAGAGACUUGCUUCACAAAAGACUGAUGGACUAAAAGCAUGUGAGAAAACAUCUGUAUUCUACCGUGCAAUGGGUUUUGUCCCUUAUUUAUUAGAUGUGUAUAUAUUUUUUUAUAUAUAUAAAAAACGUUGUCUGAAUGUCAAGUGUGAGAGUCACUGGAGGUAAGCAUUCGGUCGACUUGGACUAUCUGACGAAUUGGAACCUCGAGGGGAACGUUUGGUGAUGUUCCCUAAAGGUUACGAAGCCUGAAACUUUCAAGAGACGAUGAUGGGGGAAGGCUGGCCCGGUGACACGCCGGUCCUUCCUGUAACUUUUAGGGAACGUUCUCUCAACAUUCCCUGGGGUGGAACAUUAGUUGAACCAGCUCGUUAUGGAUAAGAUGCGUCAGUGCUUCUGGUUUUAUUUUCUAACAGAGCCAAAGACUCAUUUGAUACAUUUCUUUUGUUGCGCAGUAUUCCUCUCACCUCACUAAACAUGUACAGAUCGAGAAAAUGAUUGCGCUGUGUGGAUUGACGGUUGGUUUUCUAUGCUUGAUUUCAACAGUGUAUUUUAGUGUUUCCAUUGUGUGCUUCUGUUGCUUUCCGCCACUUUAUUUUGCUACAUUUGUAAAUUGAAGGAAAAGCUGUUGCUAUGUUCUUAAGUGAUGGGUGUACUCUGGCUUUUUAACCAUGGACAAUAAGGUUAAGGUGACUAUUUCAAAAACUGAGCUGCUUCACAGACCGUUUCAAUUAAAUCUUAGUGGAAACAUAACAUUACAUUAAACUUAGUUAGACCUCGACUGAUCAGAACUACACCAGAAUCAUCACAAUCAACAAAAUGGUUAUCAUGUCAUGAGGCUCCUCUGAUUAGGAGAUUUAGCCAAAGCUCUUUUUCUCGGCUACAGAAACUAGGAAUUUAUUGAAAUAAGUUGGCAUCUGAGCGAUUGGCUUUGUCAGCUUAUGAUGCGUUCGGUUUGAAUGCUGAAGUUGGAAUUUUGAUUUGGUACAUCAAAUUAGCUCAGGUCCAACUGUUCGUUGCGCUUGUGAGAUGUUGACUUGUUCGUGACUAUCUCAUAAUAGUUUCAAAAAAAGGGAUUGCUCAAAUACAAGAGUGUGAACAGGUACAAAACGGAAGAGUAGAACGACAAAAUAGUGGCGUGUGAAUACAAAAUAGGGUAAGAAUUGGCAAUUGAGCUAAGUUUGCUAUUUAUUCAACUGUCACUUAUUGUUUUUCUUUGUGGCAGAAUGUAGCUGUGUAGCCAGCUAAUCUAGCUUCCUAGCUGUUUGCUUUGUUAGCUUACGAAUAGCUGUCCGUAAACAGUGUGACAAUCUGUAUUGUCAAACAAGCUGUUUUUGACAGUGUUGCUAUUGCUUAUUUGGCCAAAUACUAAGCUAAAAGCUAUUAGCUUGGAUUGCAAUUUCCUGCCUAGCAAUGCUAUUAGCCUUAACGAACACAGCAAUGGGCAAAUCUCACUUGGUUUUGAACACAAAACUGGAAUGCAUUUGUAGAACCGUUUUAAAAGAAAGCAAAAGUGCUGCCUAGCCAGCCAAUAUUCAGCUUGCCAACUAUUUGGUGUCAAUUCCUUAAAUCGGUGUGCUAACUCUUGUUGAUGGCACUCCUGGUGUGACAGGAUCCUAAAUAACACCAUCAUAAUACAAGAUGACAAAGUCAUCUGAUAAUACUGAUGGUCACAACAGGAACAUUUUUUCCUGAUCUCCAUAAUUUAACCUCUUUACACCGUCUCUGUUUCAAGUUGUCUCAUGCUGAUUUGCAGCAAUUUACUGAAGAGGGACAGCUAAUCCUUAUCCAUUACUUAUAAUUAGAUCCAGUCAGCUUUUGUAUGACUCGAAUAACAGAGCAGCAACCAUUUGAUACAAACUUUACAUUUUAGUAAUUGCGAAAAGAAGGACACAACUAUCCAAAUCAGUCUCUGUUGCAGCUCAGUUUUUGAAUGUUUGGAAAGAAAAUCACUUCUGUGCUUAACAGAUUGAAGGCAUGGGAGAGUUUUUAUCUGGAAGUAAACAUAUUAAUACAUAUGAAGGCGGCGGUGCAGAGCAACAGUCAGUGCCACAUGUCAAUCAGAGGCUUCAGAAAUGUCUUGUGUUCCACCAGGACGUAUUUUAUCUCACUGUGGCUCAUGAUGUUUCCUCUUUCCUGGGCGGGUCUCCCACCGCUCGCCAGCGUACCGCAGCUAAUCCAGCACAUGCCUCUGUGUUGCUGUCAUCUUCCACACAGGGCCAGAGCCGUGCCCUUUAUCUGACGCGGCCGGUGCGAUGCUUCCCCGACAUGCCUUUCUGUUUUCAUCAUUCCACACUGUUAGGAACCACUGUCCAAUUUCUUAUUUCCACGGAGAUUUAUUUUCAUACCUCGAAAAGAUACAUUCCAUUAAAAAAACAAACAAAACUAAAAAAAAAAACAACUAAACUCGCCCAGCAUCUUGUGUGGUUUCUGUUUUUUUUCCUCCUGCAGCAGUAGAUGAAUGGCAGGACCCUGUGGCUCCAUGGGGUCACGGUAAUGACCUGUUUAAGUGGCUCCCACUCAGUCAGUCUCCAGCCUUUCAAUCCUUUACAGCCGCUGAACCGCUCACCCCAUGUUUCCUGGUCUAAAUGUAGCUGCCACACAGAGAGUUGGAUUUCACUGCCAGUUGCUGCCGCUUAGACAAACUGCCAGUGUGUAACGUGAAUGUCGCACGUGGCUUCGGCCACCCUGUUGUCUAAAGCCCCAGUUAAUUCAAUUAAAGUGGGCCCGUGUGACGGCACCUUCGCUGAUCCGUAGAGGGCUUUAUGCUGCAUCAGCAUAAUGCUGCUCAAAAUUAAAAUCUGGAUUUCACUUUCAGCUGCUGCCUGUAUCCAUUACGCAGCUGUUGGUUCUUGAGAACACAAGAACCAACAUAAUCAUCGGUAAUGGGUGUGUACAGUGUUGUCACGCAGGUUUCGUGAUAUGUAGUGUUACAUUAGCUUUACAAGAAAUGUAAAAAAAUCCAACUGGAUUCAUAACCCUUUGCUACAGCAGCUUGGAAAAGUAUUCAAGCUUGUAUGUUCUCCAUUAAGCCAGGUUCAAUGUUUUUUUUUUUUUUUUUUGUUGUCUUUUUUUUUACCCCGGGUUAUUGAAAUAAUAUUCAACACUGAUUCACUCAUACUUUUGGCCAACUUUACAUUUCAUCCAGCUAAAUUCUGAAGAAAUUUCCCCUUAAGACGAACAAACUAGCAUGCUAACAUGACAUUCUGAAGCUAGCACACUGCUAGCUUGUUUGCUAAGUUGCUUUCCUGUCCAAUCUCUGAGGUUUACUACAGAAAAAUAAUGUCUUUGAUGAACUCUUGAGGAGUAUUUUGAAGAGAAAUCUCAGGCAAUGUUAAGUUAGUUUUUUUAAAGUAGAGUUUUACAUGUUGACAGCAAAGUUAGCGGUCUACAGUUUGUCUACCGUCAAAAAACCCGGUUUGGUGUUAACAGACAGAGAGAGAUUAUGUUCUGUGUUUAAACAGACACAUACAAAACACACUUUAUUAGACAUGAAUGAGUUCAUGAAGGGAGCCUCAAUUAGGCACCAUUUUACGACAAAGGGUUAGCUUUUUCUGUUUGCAUUUAUACUUCGACUUUGGUGGUGCCCUGACACUGAACCCCAUCUACUGAAUUUCACAAGACACGUGAAAAUAAAAACACAAGAACGUGCGCUUGUUUCCAGGUUUUGUUUUGCGUAGCCAAACAUAAAUUACAACCAAUUAAAAAGCAUGGAAAAAAAGUUUAAACAUUUAACUUUUUCAUUGGUGGCUUUCUGCAGAGAUCGUCUUCCAGCGUGGAGGAAAGAUCAACAGGAAGACAGUUUGAGUCCCUGCUGCUGUUGACAGACCUCUUUGAACGAGCCGCUGCAGCUGCUCUUCAAACAUUACUUAAGAAGUCUUUGCUGGGACUCGGUGUGCCGGAUGACCGCUAACUAAUUUCUCACCGUCAGCGGCUGCCUUUGAUCGGGACAAAGUUGUGUGAACACGUGACAGCAGGCGCAAGUGGCUGCAAAUGAUUUAGGAAGUACAUCCAAUCCAGACGUGCGGAGCCUGCUGGGGUAGCUCAACUGUGGCUGUUUUGACACAAAACUUCAACCAACUUACAAAAAAAGAAAAACUUUGUACAUGCCUUGUGCAAGGAUUCGUACAGCAUUAACCACUCCAGUGUUGUACCCAACGUCAAACCUACCUACCUACUAAAUCUUUGUUGGUACUUUUCAUACUUUUUGGGAUGUAGAAGACGCAGCAAACACAGAAGAAAAUGGUCUGAUUGGAUGAAACCAAUCUUUCCACAUUUCCGCUGUGACACAUGGAGGAGGUAUCAUGCUAUUGCGAUGCUUUUCUUUAGUAAUUACAGGGAAGAUGCUGUGCUGACCAAUGGUAGAGGCUGCAGGUCAGCUGCUCAAAGCUGACCUAGCUGUGUUCCUGUUAGCCAUAAAGUUGUGCAAAUUGAAAUUACGAAAAUAAAUUUGCUAAUUUCAAAGAAACUCAAAGUUUUUGCACUAGAAUGGCGUCGUUUUUCAGCCGUAUCGUAAUAGAUGUAAUUUGCAAAACUGUAACGGAGGCAUUUUUUCCCCCAUCACACGAGUCAUGUGAUCAACAGCUGGAAGUUACUACUCAGGAAAACGUUGAAAAAGACAGCAGGAAGUAGUAGGAUGAUAGCAUGUCGCACAGUUCACAAAAACUUGCAUGAUUCGAAUAUGUUGAAUCCACAUCUCUUCUGUAAAAUUGCAGACUACAAUUUCCCCAAAAUGCCGCAUAUGUAGCCAAACCAUCUUCAUGUGAUGGAAUCACUCAGUCAAACCCAUCCAGUUGGGAAUCAUUGACAUCCAAAAAUUAGCAAAAAACAAACAUCAAGCAAAUCUAUUAGAAACAUAACAUAGCAGAUGCCUUGUAAUUACCGGGAGAGAUUUGUUAAGCAGAACUAAAAAAACAAAAAACAAAAAGCUAAAUCAGAUCUCCUGCUUGGUGAUCACUGUUUCAGAUUCCCUCAUGGAGCUUCAUUUCACUUCUAUGUCCAAUCACAGAUCCCUCAGACACCUGGAGGCCGCCUCCUGCUCAGAUCGUUUGGUUCUUCAAAGAGAUAACAGGUAGGCAAAAAAAUGCCCAUUAUUCAGGGACAUUUGGCGUCGGCGCAACUCAAUAGGCUUUGUCAAACGGUGAAACAGCUCAUCAGAACCAAGAACAGGGAACAGAUUGUUCACACACUCGCUGUUUUGUCUUCUGCCUGCUGUGUAGGUGGGAGAUAGUGUUGGAUUGCUUUGUGGUGCUUUGCUCAGGCUGCGUCUUAGAACUGAAGCCAACUUGUUUGCGCCUUCUGGGUCUACUGUAUUUCUAAAUUCUAGCAAGACUCUCUCUGUCUCUCUCUCUCUCUCUCUCUCUCUCUCUCGCUUUAGUUUCUUUUUACAACUUGUCUUUUGAAGCCAACGAAUUUGCAGAGCAGAAAUGACGUUAUACCUUUAGAACUUGUACUCGGACGUUAUGUCUCUUUUGAUCAGCCACAAUCUGCCGGUAAAUUGUGACGUUAGCAUUUUGAACUGCAGGAACACUUAGCCAUCUGCUCUGUAGUGCAUAAACUCUUUAUGCUUUCUAUUUAAAUGACCCAAAUGGCAAAGAAAUAACAAUGAGCACCACAAGCUGGUGUGCAGAUUGUCAUUGUUCGUGUUCACUCAAUGAUUGUGUGAGUGUGUGUAUGUGUAUGUGUUUCAGCAAUGCCACGCAAAAAAAAAAAAGAAAAAAAAAAAGACCUCUGCUGGCUGGUAGUCUUUGUGAUUCAUAGACGCAAUGUGUGCUGAUGUUUUCAUUAUCAAAGUGAGCUGGUUGCGUCUGUGCUUGUUUUAGACCACCAACAUUGUUACAGGAACUAAUUCUAACUUCCAGUCCUCCGAUUUAAACUGCCGUGUUUCCAUAAAGCAAAUUUAUUUUCAAAAUGUCAAAUUGCUCAAAUCCUACGGUCAAUGGAAACGCAACUCAUGCCUGUGUUGGUCUUCUUCAGAAGUUCUGUCUUUAGUUCACAAUUAUGUAUACAUAUGUACUUUUUUGUAAAAACAAACAAACAAACAAACAAACAAACAAAAAAACUAACAAAACAAAAAACAUUGAGUUUUUUUUAAAUCAACUAUAUAGAUCUAAACUUAAACACAGAAUUACUGGGCAGUGAACUGGAGCAGUAUUGAUGUAUUUCAAGCAGCAGUUCACUGCUUCUCUCUCUCUCUCUCUGUCUGUGUGUGUGUGUGUGUGUGUGUGUGUUAAGAGUUCGCACUGUCAGUAGAUUUGGCUCCCCCUCCACUUCCGUGCCCUUUGACCUCGUCUUUGCUUCCUGGCUUUAUUGCUGGACCACCUUCCACUCUAACUACCAUCGCAGCCUCACAACACACACACACACACACACACAUUGAGCAGCACUUAUUGGCCAACCACCCUGCAGAGUCAGUGCUGGUCAGCUGGCUCAGCCUCACUCAGUGAUCAGAGCAGAGCGUUAGCGUCAGGACCAGAAAUGUCACCUUGGUCUCUGCUG